AUGUUUAGAACCGAAAAGUUUGAGCUGAAAGAGUGUGAACGUUCCAGCAAGCCUACAGUCAUUGAUAAUGAACAAAUCGAGACUUUAAUGAAAAAUAAUCCAUGUCACACAAUGCGAGACAUCGUGGAGAUUGUCCACGUUCUCACAGUAAUUUUUCCAGUUUCAUGUCAAAAGCAUAUCAGCUUAUUUCCCCUGGAUGGACAAAUUUGUAGCAUCAAGAUAAAAAGCUUUUAUUAUCCUGUUGAAGAAGUACGAGUAAAAUGGGAAUCAAACACAGACUGGCAGAAAUCUUUGGAUAAACUGGAAAUACCUAAUUUUGAUUUAGCGAAUAUUAAACUAACGGAAGAAAAUACCACUCAGUUUGGACAGAAUUGGUCCCAGAUUGAAGCCUGUUUGCAUUUAGAAAGGAAAUUCAAUUUACAAAUCUUGGCAAUCUACUUUACCAGCACUGUCUUAGUGGUUGUUGGUGGUUUGUCAUUUUGGAUUGACUCUGAAAGCACUGCAGCCCGUAUGUCCCUCGGUUUGAUCACCUUACUCACUCUUAUAACUCAUAACUCCAGCCUACAUCCAGCAAAACACUAUUUUGCAACAGGAAUGCUUGGAAUUGAUAUAUGGCUUAUUAUAUGUCUCAUCUUCGUCUUCUCAGCCUUAAUCGAAUUCAUUUUGCUUAACCAUUCAAGAACUUCCAAUGCAAAAUUAAAAACUACUAACAACCAAACAUCACAUGAUUCAUUGUCAAUGAGUGAAUAUGCAAACGCGAGUAACAAAGAAGAUAGCUUUUCAAACAGAAUGGUUACAGAAAGAGAUGUUGAUAAAUACAAAAUAACUGCUGCUGCUGACAAUAAAAACGAUGGUAAAAAAAUUAACAAAGCUGAUCAUUACUGCAAAAUUAUCUUCCCUGUAGCUUUCAUAUUUAUCAAUAUUAUCUACUGGAUGUGGCAUUUCUACUAACCACUAUUAGCUAGCUCUCUCUCUCUCUUUCUUUCUCUCUCUUUUCUUCCCCCCCCCCUCUCUCUCUCUCUGAAAUAUUCACAUUUAAGACAUUUAUUAUAUAACUUUUAAAAUAUCUUUUUCUUACCAAACAAUUACAUCAAUAUUUUUAUUUAUUCUGUACUGAGUGAUACAUCAUUCAUAUAGAGAAAGCCAUGAACAUCAUACUGUCACUUUUGUACCUAACUAAAAGGAAACAACACACACACACAUGAAUAUAAUUUAUAGUAAAUUAUAUACAUGAAGCAAGUGUUCGGAAAGUAAAUUAUGAAAAUGGGUUUCAAUUCAUGGUUGAAACCGAUUCACACCUUUUAAUCUUCUAAGAAGUGAUAGUAACAGAACUAACGAAUUGAUCGUUACUGCAGACUUAUCUUCACUCUAACUUUCGUAUUUAUCAACAGAGCCGGUUUUAAGCCGAUCAGACAGAUUCAAAUUGGGCCCCACGCACAUGCUCGAGCAGAGGACAUUUUUGUAUAUCAUUGUUGCUAACGGUGGCGCUUCAAGCCCUCAACACUUUUUGACUGAGACUGGUGCUCUACACAAAGUAUAAAACACUAAUCUUCAGCUUUUGUAGAGUAGAGGGCCCCACUGACAAUUCUUUAAUUUGUUCCCGUUCUGCCUAGCGUCGGCUCUGCUUAUCAAUAUCAUGUAUCGGAUGUGACGUUUCUACAAAUCACUAUCGUACUUUUCUCCUGUAUAUAUGCAGUCUGGUUUUAUUAAAAAAAAAAAAUCUGAUUUGGUGAUGUGCAAUAAGAUGUAGGAACAUCUACUAACUCUUUGAAAAACAUAAUGCUCACAGUAUAUUUUAUCCACUGAAUAUCUGAUGUCAUUAACUACAGUGGAAAUUCCAUUUUCAUGACUAGCAGUAUUAGCCUUGAUUUCAAGGACAAUAGGGGAAAGAACUUGCAUUUUUCAUGCCUUUCUCAAAGUAAGUGACCAUAUAUUUCUUAUAAGUAUCUACUGACUUUGUAUGUUAAUUUUCAAAAUUAUCAAGAAUUAGAAAAUCAAAUGAAACAAUCUUCAACUUAAUAAACGACAACAGUUUACCUCUUGAAAUAUUAUAAUAUCUGUCAUGUCAUACUGAAAUCUUCAGUUCAAGAUUAGUAUUGAUAUUUAAUUUUUAACAUUGCAAUACAAGCAGUUUUAGGCAAGUUACUGUUCAAAGAGUCGACCUCAAGCCAGCCCUAUGAUGACAAGCAUACCAGCUGUGACCAUCCCGCUCGUUCUUUUUUCAGACUUAUCUAAAUCUACAUUGUCUGAUGUCUUUACUAAUUUUAAGAAAGUUGGGUGUCAUUUGGAUAUUAUUCCUAGCAGGUCAAGUGGCCAUGCUGAAAUUCUUCCUCAUUGUAAAUUUGUAAUAAAUAAAAAUCUUUAAAAUGUCUUCCUCCA